AUGGUGGCCUCUGCUGAACCUGGGAUAACUAACCAAUUAAAAGCAAACAACAGUAACCUUGUGAGAAAAGUCACCCCUGGCACUGCAAGGCGCAAAACAACCUGCUCAAGAAAAUCACAAACCCGUCAUAGUACAAAAACCAGCAUAGAAACUACCAGCUACCCAUUGACAUCUUCUAUUAAUCGCUCAUCUCACGGUACGCGUAUGACACUAUCCAGUACAGAACACAAUAGCCAAACCAAAACUACUAGCAAAAAAGUGACACCUGCUGGUACUGAGGAAACCAACCAUACAAUAUCAAAAACCAGCACACAAACCAAGACAGGAAGUACAUCUACAAUUAACACGGUGACCUCAGUGACUAGUGGCUCAAAAAGUAAAACAAUAUCAACCCUCCUCACUAAAGAGACAAGUAACCAAAGUAAAAUAUUUACCAUAAAAACAAUGAGUACUGAUGAUACUAAGCUAACCAGUAACCCUGCAUCAAAUAUAAUUAGCCUUGUAUCAUUUACUAAAACUGAUGCCAUUGAGCCAACCAGUGAGAUAGCAUCCAACACCAAAAACCCAACCACUUUUACUAAUCCAGAGACCAGUAUCCAAGUGGAAAUAUCCACCAUGAACAUUACUCAUCUUAGUACUGAGCUAACCAGUCAACCUGCAUCCAAUUCCAUCAGCCUUGCAAAAUCUCUCAGCACCGAGAGCCAAAAUCCAAUGGAAUCAAUGAGUGACAAAGAAACCAAAACUGUUACUGUUUCAACCAGUCAACUAGUAUCAAACACCAGGAACCAUGUGACGUCUCCUAAUUCUGAGACUACUAACCAAUCUGAAAUAGCCAACAUUACUCAUCUUUUUACUGAGCUAACUACUCAACCUGCAUCCAAUUCCAUCAGUCUUGUAACUUCUCCUAUCACCGAGAGUCAAAGCCCAAAGGAAUCACCUGGUAACAUAGUAACCCACAUUGAUAUUGGGACAUCCAGUCAACUAGUAUCAAAUACUGAAAACCCUGUGAUUUCUCCUAAUUCCGAGACGACUAACCAUCCUGAAAUUACAUCCAAUUUUAUCAGCCUUGUAACUUCAUCUAUAAUUGAGAGUCAAAACCCAGUGGAAUCAACUAGUAACAUAGUAACACAAACUGAUACUGUGUCAACCAGUCAACUAGUAUCAAACACCAGGAACCAUGUGACUUAUUCUUAUCCCAAGACCACUAACAAACCAGAAAUAUCUACCAGCACUGAUCUUAGUAGUGAGCUAACUAGUCUACCUGCAUCCAAUUCCAUCAGUAUUGUAACUUCUUCUAUCACCAAGAGUCAAAGCCCAAAGGAAUCACCUGGUAACAUAGUAACCCACAUUGAUAUUGGGACAUCCAGUCAACUAGUAUCAAAUAGUGAAAACCCUGUGAUUUCUCCUAAUGCCGAGAUGAGUAACCAUCCUGAAAUGACAUCCAAUUCUAUCACCCUUGAAACUUCACCUAUAACUGAGAGUCAAAACCCGGUGGAAUCAACUAGUAACAUAGUGACACAAACUGAUACUGUGUCAACCAGUCAACUAGUAUCAAACACCAGGAACCAUGUGACUUAUUCUUAUCCCAAGACCACUAACAAACCAGAAAUAUCCACCAUCACUGAUCUUGGUACUGAGCUAACUAGUCAACCUGCAUCUAAUUCCAUCAAUCUUGUAACUUUUCCUAGCACUGAAAAUCAAAGCCCAAAGGAAUCAUCUGGGAACACAGUGACCCACAUUAAUACUGUGUCACCCAGUAAACUGGUAUCAAACACCAGGAAAACUGUGACUUCUCCAAAUGAUGAGACCACUGACCAACCUAAAAUAUCCACCAUUACUCAUUUUGGUACUAUACUAACUAAUCAACCUGCAUCCAAGUCCAUCAGCCAUGUAACAUCUCCUAGCACUGAGCGUCAAACCCCAAUGGAAUUAUCUAGUAACACAGUGACCCAAGCUGAUACUGUGUCAACCAGUCAGAUAGUAUCAAACACCAGGAAAUCUGUGACUUCUCCUAAUGCAGAGACCACUAACCAACCAGAAUUAGCCUCUAUAACUCAUUUUGGUACUGAGCUUACUAGUCAACCUGCAUCCAAUUCCAUUAGUCUUGUAACUUCUCCUAGCACUGAGAGUCAAAGCCCAAAGGAAUCAAUUGGUAACACAGUAACCCACAUUGAUACUGUGUCAUCCAGUCAACAAGUAUCAAACAAUGAAAAACGUGUGACUUUUCCUAAUGCUGAGACCACUAACCAGCUUGAGAUAUUCACCAUUACUAACCUUGGUACUGAGCUGAGUAGUCUAACUGCAUCCAAUUCCAUCAGCCUUUUAACUUCAACUAGCACUGAGAGCCAAAACCCAAUUAAAUCAACCAGUAGCGCAGUGACGCAAGCUGAUACUGUGUCAACCAGUCAGCUAGUAUCAAACACCAGGAACCACGUGACUUCUCUUAAUGCUGAGACCACUAACAAACCAGAAAUAUACAACACCACUCUUGGUACUGAGCUAAGUAGUCAACCUGCAUCCAAUUCCAUCAAUCUUGUAACUUAUCCUAGCACUGAGAAUCAAAGCCCAAAGGAAUCGACUGGUAACAUAGUAACCCACCUUGUUACCGUUUCACCCAGUCAACUAGUAUCAAACACCUGGAAAUUUGUGACUUCUACUAAUGCUAAGACAAGUAACCAACCAGAAACUGUCUCCAUUACUCAUUUUGGUACUGAGCUAACUAGUGAACCUGCAUCCAAUUCCAUUAAUCUUGUAACUUCUCCUAGCAAGAGUCAACGCCCAAAUGAAUCAAUUGGUAACACAGUAACCAACAUUGAUACUGUGUCACCCAGUCAACUAGUGUCAAACAGUGGAGAAUAUGUAACCUCUCCCAAUGCUGAGACCACUAGCCAACUUGAAAUAUUCACCUUUACUCAUCUUGGUACUGAGCUAAGUAGUCAACAUGCAUCAAAUUACAUCAGUGUUGUAACUUCUCCUAUUACCCAAAGCCAAAGCACAAAGGAAUCACAAGGUAACAAAGUAACCCACAUUGAUACUGUGUCAACCAGUAAAUUAGUACCAAACACCGGGCACACUGUGGUUUCUCCUAAUGCUGAGACAACAAACCAACCUGAACAAUCCGCUAUUACUCAUUUUCAAACUGAGCUAACUAGUCACCCUGCAUUGAAUUACAUCAGUGUUGUAAGUUCUCCUAUCACCGAAAGUCAGAUUACAAAGGAACCACCUGGUAACCCAGUAACCAACAUUGAUACUGUGUCAACCAGUCAAUUAGAACCAAACACCGGGAACUCUGUGACUUCUCCUAAUGCAGAGACAACAAACCAACCUGAAAUAUCCACCAUAACUCAUCGUGGUACUGAGCUAUCUCCUCAACCUGUAUCCAAUUCCAUCAGUCAUAUAAGUUCUCAUAGCACCGAGAGUCAAAGCCCAAAGGAAUCACCUGGUAACAUAGUAAGCCACAUUGAUAUUGUGACAUCCAGUAAACGAGUAUCAAACACUGGAAACCCUGUGACUUCUCCUAAUGCCGACACCACUAACCAUCCUGAAAUUACAUCCAAUUCUAUCAGGCUUGUAACUUCAGCUAGAACUGAGAGUCAAAACCCAGUGGAAUCAACUAGUAAUCCAGAGAUUACAACUGAUACUGUGUCAACCAGUCAACUAGUAUCAAACACCAGGAACCAUGUGACUUCUCCUAAUGCCAAGACCACUAACCUUCCUGAAAUAUCCACCAUUAAUAAUCUUGUUACUAAGCUAGCUAGUCAACCUGCAUCCAACUCCAUAAGGUAUGUAACUUCUCUUAUCACAGAAAGUAAAAUCCCAAAAGAAUCAACUAGUAACACAACGACCCACAUUAAUACUGUGUCAACCAGUCAACUAGUAUCAAACAAUAGGAAAUCUAUGACUUCUACUAAUGCUGAGACCACUAACGAACUUGAAAUAUCCACAAUUACUCAUCUUCGUACUGAGCUAACUAGUAAACCUGCAUCCAAUUCCAUCAAUCUUGUAACUUAUCCUAGCACUGAGAAUCAAAGGCCAAAAGAAUCAACUGGUAAUAUAGUAAACCACAUUGAUACUGUGUCACCCAGUCAACCAGUAUCAAACACCUGGAAACUUGUGACUUCUAAUGCCAAGACAAUUAACCAACCAGAAAUAGCCUCCAUUACUCCUUUUGGUACUGAGCUAACUAGUGAAUCUGCAUCCAAUCCCAUUAAUCUUGUAACUUCUCCUAGCACCAAGAGUCAAAGCCCAAAGGAAUCAAUUGGUAACACAGUAACCAACAUUGAUACUGCAUCAACCAGUCAACUAGUAUCAAACAAUGAAAAGCCUGUGAAUUCUCCUAAUGCUGAGACCACUAACCAACUUGAAAUAUUCACCACUAUUUCUCUUGGUACUGAGCUAACUAAUCAACCUGCAUCCAAGUAUAUCACUGUCAUUACUUCUCCUAUCACCGAAAGCCAAAGCACAAAGGUAUUAAAUGAUAACACACUUACCCGCACUGAUACUGUGUCAAAAAGUCAACUAGUAUCAACCACCAGGGACCAUGUGAGUUCUCCUAAUGUUGAGACCACUAACUUACCUGAAAUAUCCACCAUUACUAAUCUUAUUACUAAGCCAUCUAGUCAACCUGCAUCCAAUUCCAAAAGCCAUGUAACUUCUCUUACCACGGAAAGUCAAAGCCCAAAAGAAUCAACUAGUAACACAAUGACCCACGUUGAUACUGUGUCAACCAGUCAACUAGUAUCAAACACCAGGACUUAUCUUACUGCUGAGACCGCUAACAAACCAGAAAUAUCCACCAUUACUAAUCUUGGUACUGAGUUAUCUACUCAGUUUGCAUCCAAUUCCAUCAGCCAUGUAACUUCUCCUAGCACUGAGAGCAAAAAGCCAAUUGAAUCAACUAUUAACACAGCGACCAAAACUGAUACUGUGUCAACCAGUCAACUAGUUUCAAACACCAGGACUUAUCUUACUGCUGAGACCGCUAACAAACCAGAAAUAUCCACCAUUACUAAUCUUGGUACUGAGUUAUCUACUCAGUUUGCAUCCAAUUCCAUCAGCCAUGUAACUUCUCCUAGCACUGAGAGCAAAAAGCCAAUUGAAUCAACUAUUAACACAGCGACCAAAACUGAUACUGUGUCAACCAGUCAACUAGUUUCAAACACCAGGAACCAUGUGACUUCUCUUAAUACUGAGACUAGUAACAAACCAGAACUAUCCACCACCACUGAUCUUGGUACUGAACUAACUAGUCAACCUUUAUUCAAUUCCAUUAGUCUUGUAACUUCUCCUAGCACCGAGAGCCAAAACCCUAUGGGAUUAACUAGUAACACGGUGACACAAACUGAUACUGUUUCAGCCAGUCAACUAGUAUCAAACACCAGGAAAUCUGUGACUUCUCCUAAUGCAGAGACCACUAACCAACCAGAAAUAGCCUCUAUGACUAAUUUUGGUACUGAGCUAACUAGUCAACCUUCCAUUAGUCUUGUAACUUCUCCUAGCAACGAGAGUCAAAACCCCAAGGAAUCAAUUGGUAGCACAAUAACCCAUUUUGAUACUAUGUCAACCAGUCAACUAGUAUCAAACAAUGGAAAACCUGUGACUUCUCUUAAUGCUGAGACCACUAACAAACCAGAAAUAUACACAACUCUUCUUGUUAAUGAGCUAACUAGUCGACCUGCAUCCAACUCCAUCAAUCUUGUAACUUAUCCUAGUACUGAGAAUCAAAGUCCAAAAGAAUCAACUGGUAACACAGUAACCCACACUGAUACUGUGUCAACCAGUCAACUAGUAUCAAACACCUGGAAACUUGUGACUUCUAAUGCCAAGACAAUUAACCAACCAGAAAUAACCUCCAUUACUCCUUUUGGUACUGAGCUAACUAGUGAAUCUGCAUCCAAUCCCAUUAAUCUUGUAACUUCUCCUAGCACCAAGAGUCAAAGCCCAAAGGAAUCAAUUGGUAACACAGUAACCAACAUUGAUACUGCAUCAACCAGUCAACUAGUAUCAAACAAUGAAAAGCCUGUGAAUACUCCUAAUGCUCAGACCACUAACCAACUUGAAAUAUUCACCAUUACUCAUCUUGGUACUGAGCUAACUAAUCAACCUGCAUCCAAUUAUAUCACUGUUGUAACUUCUCCUAUCAUCGAAAGCCAAAGCACAAAAGAAUUAAAUUAUAACACACUAACCCGCACUGAUACUGUGUCAAACAGUCAACUAGUAUCAACCACCAGGGACCAUGUGAGUUCUCCUAAUGCUGAGACCACUAACCUACCUGAAAUAUCCACCAUUACUAAUCUUGUUACUAAGCCAUCUAGUCAACCUGCAUCCAAUUCCAUAAGCCAUGUAACUUUUUUUACCACAGAAAGUCAAAGCCCAAAAGAAUCAACUAGUAACACAAUGACCCACAUUGAUACUGUGUUAACCAGUCAACUAGUACCAAACAUCAGGACCCAUGUGACUUCACUUAAUGCUGAGACCACUAACGAACUUGAAAUAGCCACAAUUACUCAUCUUCGUACUGAGCUAACUAGUAAACCUGCAUCCAAUUCCAUCAAUCUUGUAACUUCUCCUAGCACUAAGGCUCAAAGCCCAAAGGAAUCAACUGGGAACACAGUGACCCACAUUGAUACUGUGUCACCCAGUCAACUGGUAUCAAACACCAGGAAACCUGUGACUUCUCCUAAUGAUGAGACCACUAACCAACCUGAAAUAUCCACCAUUACUCAUUUUGAUUCUGUACUAACUAAUCAACCUGCAUCCAAGUCCAUUAGCCUAGUAACAUCUCCUAGCACUGAGAGUCAAACUCCAAUGGAAUUAACUAGUAACACAGUUACCCAAACUGAUACUGUGUCAGCCAGUCAGCUAGUAUCAAACACCAGGAAAUCUGUGAAUUCUCCUAAUGCAGAGACAACUAACCAACCAGAAAUAGCCUCCAUUACUCAUUUUGGUACGGAGCUAACUAAUGAACCUGCAUCCAAUUCCAUUAAUCUUGUAACUUCUCCUAGCACCAAGAGUAAAAGCCCAAAGGAAUCAAUUGGUAACACAGUAACCCACAUUGAUAUUGUGUCAUCCAGUCAACUAGUAACAAACAAUGGAAAACCUGUGACUUCUCCUAAUGCUGAGACCACUAACCAACUUGAAAUAUUCACCAUUACUCAUCGUGGUACUGAGCUAACUAAUCAACCUGCAUCAUACUAUGCUGUAAGUUCUCCUAUCACCGAAAGCCAAAGCACAAAAAAAUUAAAUAGUAACACACUUACUCGCACUGAUAUUGUGUCAGCAAGUCAACUAGUAUCAACCCCCAGGGACCAUGUGAGUUCUCCUAAUGCUGAAACCACUAACCAACCUGAAAUAUCCACCAUUACUCAUCGUGUUACUAAGCUAGCUAGUCAAACUGCAUCCAAUUCCACAAGCCAUGUAACUUAUAUUACCACUAAAAGUCAAAGCCCAAAAGAAUUAACUAGUAACACAAUGACCCACAUUUAUAAAGGGUCAACCAGUCAACUAGUAUCAAACACCAGGAAGCCUGUAACUAUAUCUAAUGCAAUGACUAGUAACCAAACUGAAAUAUCAACCACGAACAUUACUCACCUUGGUACUGAGUUAAUCAGUCAACCAGCCUUCAAUACCAAGAGCCUCAAAACUCUUCCUAAUACAGAGAGGCAAACCCCAAUGGAAUCAACAGGUAACACAGUGACCCACGUCGAUACUGUGUCAACCAGUCAACUAGUAUCAAACACUAUGAACCCUGUAACUUCUUCAGAUGCCAAGACCUCUAACCAACAUGAAAUUUCCACCAUUACUCAUUAUGGUACUGAGCUAACUAGUCAACCUGAAUCCAAUUCCAUCAGCCUUGUAACUGUUCCUAGCAAUGAGAGCCAAAGCACAAACAAAACAACUGGUAACCCAGUAACCCACACAGAUACUGUGUCACCCAGUCAACUUGUAUCAAUCACCCAGAACCAUGUGACUUCACUUAAUGCAGAGAAUACUAACCAACCUAAAAUAUCCACCAUGAACAUUACUCAUCUUAGUACUAAGCUAACUAAUCAACCUGCAUCAAAUUCCAUCAGCCUUGUAACUUCUCCUAGCACUGAGAGUCAAACCCCAAUGGAAUUAACUAGUAACACAGUGACCCAAGCUGAUACUGUGUCAACCAGUCAGCUAGUAUCAAACACCAGGAAAUCUGUGACUUUUCCUAAUGCAGACACCACUAACCAACCAGAAUUAGCCUCUAUUACUCAUUUUGGUACUAAGCUAACUAGUCAACCUGCAUCCAAUUCCAUUAGUCUUGUAACUUCUCCUAGCACUAAGCGCCAAAGCCUAAAUUUAUCAACUGGUAACACAGUAACCCGCACUGAUACUGUGUCAACCAGUCAACUAGUAUCAAACACCUGGAAACCUUUGACUUUUUCUAGUGCCAAGACCACUAACCAACCUGAAAUAUCCACCAUUACUCAUCUUGGUACUGAAUUAACUAGUCAACCUGUAUUCACUUUCACUAGCCUUGUAACUUCUUCUAGCACCCAAAGCCAAAGUCCAAAUGAAUCAACUGGUAACACAGUAACCAACAUUGAUACUGUGUCAACCAGUAAACUAGUAUCAAACACCAGGAACCAUGUGACUUCAUCUAAUAUAAAGACCAGUAACCAAUUUGGAAUAUCAACCACCACACAUCUUGGCACUGAGCUAACCAGUCAGCCUGCAUCUAAUACCAUGAGCCUCGAAACACUUCCUAAUACAGAGAGGCAAAACCCAAUGGUAUCAACUAGUAACACAUUGACCCAGCCUGCUACUGUGUCAACUAGUCAGCUAGUAUCAAUUACCAUGAAUCCUGUGACUUCUUCUAAUGCAGAGACCACUAACCAACCUGAAAUAUCCUCCAUGAACAUUACUCAUCUGGGUACUGAACUAACCAGUAAACCUGUAUCCAAUUCCAUCAACUUUGUAACUUCACCUAGCACUGUAAGUCAAAGCUUAAAUGAAUCACUUGGUAACACAGUAACCCACACUGAUACUGUGUCAACCAGUCAACUAGUACCAAACACUAGGAGCCCUGUGACUUCAUCCUAUGGAAAGACAAGUAACCAAAAGUCAUAUACCAGUAACCUUACCACCCUUCCUAGUAGAGAUUCUGAAUCUACCCUAAACACAAUAAAUUCAAGCAGUACAAGGGUAACAAGCAUCAUGAACCCUACAACGUUGCACACAAGUAGCCAAAAUAAUUUAACCAGAAGCACAGUGACACCUGUUGGUAUUAGUCAAACUGAAUUAUCUGCCAUAAUCACAAUAAUCCCUACUAGCAUUAAAUCCAUCAGUCAAUCUGUAUCAAAUACCAGUAGCUAUGUAACUCUCACUACAAGAGAUACAAAUACCCUGCAAGAAUCAACUAGUAGAAGAAUACCUCCUGCUGGCACUGGGACAACAGGUCAACAAUUAACAAACAUUACUUAUCCAGUGACAUUUCCCAGUUCGGUAACAAAUACCCAAAAUGAGCAUUCCAGCAAGGCUUCUGUUGCAAUUGGAUCAACCAGACAACCAGAAGCAAAAACCAGUAACCUUGUAACUCAUUCCAUUACAGAAACCAACAGCCAAACAGAGUUAAUCAGCAACACAGUGACUUCCUCCAUUACCAGGACAACCAAACAAAUGAUCUCAGAUACCAGUAAUCCCAUGGGAUUUGCCAGCAUAAAUUCAAAUAGCCAAACUGAUUCUACCAGCAAUUUUGUGACCUUCAGUUCUAGACCAACUAGCCCUUUAACUAUUUUCAGCACAGGGAUCAGUAGCCAAACUGAAUUAUCUACCAGAAGCACAAUAACCCUUGCAGGUACGAAGCUGGUCAGUCAACCUGUAUCAAAUACAAAUAGCACUGUAACACUUCCUAAAACAGAGACAAAUACCCCAAGAGUAUUAACCACUAACACAAUGCCCCCCAGUGUUGGACCAACAAGUCAGCAAGUACAAAGCAUUACUUUGACAGUAGCAUUAUCCAGUAUGGUAACAAGUAGUCAAAAUACACCUACUAGCAAGACUUAUGUUGCAACUGAGUCAACCAGAAAACCAAAACCAAAAACCAGUAACCUUGUAACGCAUUCCAGUACAAAAAUCAACAGCCAAACAGAGCUAACCACCAGCACCAACACCAUUUCAAGGACAACCAGCAUUAGGAGUAGCAGCCAAACUGAAUCUACCAGGAAUAGUGGGACCUCUGUAUCAGGCAGUGCCAGUACACUUGUUCCAUGGGAAAUCAUUGUCAUUGCCUUAGCAGUAAGCAUUGGAACCUUCCUCAUUGUUGGCGGGAUCUUCGCAGUAAGUAUCUUCUUCUAUAUUUUUGGCCUGUUAAUUUCGUUGUCAACCUGCAAUAGCAGUCACUUCUCUCUGUGCUCAUAUGUUGUUUGCAGAGUGUUUCAGUUUCAGUCCUAAGAGAAGAUCUCCUGUAUUCGCAUGACAUUGGAGUUUAUAUUGACAAUUGACAAGUUGAGCGGACUUAAAGGACCACUAUAGUGCCAGAAAAACAUACUUGGCUCUGGAAAGGGGAAAGGGGUAAAAACGUACCUUUUUCCAGCGCUGGGCGGAGAGCUCUCCUCCUCCGUUCCUCCCCGUCGGCUGAAUGCGCACGCGCGGCAAGAGCUGCGCGCGCAUUCAGCCGGUCACAUAGGAAAGCAUUUAUAAUGCUUUCCUAUGGACGCUGGCGUGCUCUCACUGUGAAAAUCAGAGUGAGAAGCACGCAAGCGCCUCUAGUGGCUGUCAAUGAGACAGCCGCUAGAGGAAAUAGGGGAAGGCUUAAUCCAUUCAUAAAUAUAGCGGUUUCUCUGAAACUGCUAUGUUUAUGAAAAAAUGGGUUAACCCUAGCUGGACCUAGCACCCAGACCACUUCAUUAAGCUGAAGUGGUCUGGGUGCCUAGAGUGGUCCUUUAAGAUCAAUGUCUCUUCUAAAAAUGUUUAGGGGUGAGAAUGUAGCAAUAAAAAAGUGGUCUGAGCAAACACAGUUAUUUCUGUGGGUGGUCUUAAUUCAGUAACUUCAAAGCAUCAUUUGCAUAUUUCACCAAACUAACAACCCACGCAGUUUGUUUGCCAGAAAAAGGGGGACAGAAUGAAGCAUAGGCUUUUUUUUUUAGACUACUAGUUAUUAGUUAUAACUAUAUUAGGCUACUGGGAAGAGCAGGAUUUAACUCAUAUUAAGCAGAUUUGCAUCUGGUAUUUCAGCUCCUGGUGCUAAACAUAACCUUCAUUUCAUCAUUUUAGUUUUCAAAAGCUUUAUCAACAGAAAACUGUGGGAAUUGUGUUAGACAACGCAUUUGAACUGUUUUUCUAUCAGAUCGUGAACAUUUGAAAAGCUUAUCCAAAAAUAUUUGUAUGAGAUAUAAGUUGGUAUAAAGACAUACAAACAGAGAGACAGUGAUAGACAGACAGACCAAGGAAGAAAUACAGACAUUCAAAAAGAAAGAUUAAGUGAAAGAAAGAGGGAGUAAUAAAGAGAAAGAGGUAAAAAAACCAGAGGUUAAAAACUCUACAAAAUCUAAGCAUGUACUUUUUAUUUCACGAGAUUCCGUAUUUUAUCUAGCGCAGGGUCAAUUAAUGCUUUCGUGUGAGUCAUUAAAUAUGAAAAUUGCUGUCACAGGUAGUGCUACCUAGGUUUACUGUACUGAUUUCAUAGCAAAAUACUCACUCACAGUAGGAUCUCUGCUUUACCAAUAGCUAAUACUAUGUGCAUGCGCUGAUGUCAUUAGCACCCACUCACAGCUGUCAGAGGGCUUUGAGGCUUUAAACAAUUGACCAUAGAGGGCUUUGAGGCUUCAAAAAUAGACCAAGGGUAGUCAACCUGGCCCCUACCCGCCACUAGUGGGAAGUUUGGUAUUUCAGGUAGGCGAUGGUGGGUUCUGCAGAAAAUGCCCAAGGGCCUCGAUGGCCGUGGACCAAGGCUGACAGGGGAGAUCCUUUUAUCUCUCCUGCCGGCCCCUGCAGAUCCAGCCUCGCUGUAAGCCCUCUUGGGCUGUUGAGGAAAUCAAUGAUCUCUCUCACUGGCCCGCUGGCACUCUUUUCCAGCAGAGUGAAGGAGAGGCCUGGGAGGCUCUGUGUUCCUCCAAGUAGGCAGGUUGGAGCAUUGCCACGCAUUACCAUGCAAUGCUCCGAUACAGUGCUGUACUCACAGGAGGACAGGAGAGUUAGCCUGCAGCUGGAGGAGAAGAAGAAGAAGGGGGAGACAGUAAGAUAGAUUUUCACACCCACCUACACACAGCAUAGACCCUAUGCACCCUUUACACACAAACACACACUACACACCUUACACACACACUCCACACACAGAGACUGUCUCCUCACACACACACUGCCCCCUCACAUACACUGACCCCUCGCACAUGCAUUGCCCCCUUACACAAGCACUGCCCCCUCACACACAUACUGCCCCUUCACACAUGAACUGCCCCCUCAAAUACACACAGACUGUCCCCUCACACGCACACUGACUGCCCCGUCUCACACACAGACUGCUCCCUUACACACUCCUCCCUUCACACACACUGCCCCCUCACUAAUGCACUGCCCCUUACACACACGCACUGCAACUUUGCACAUGCACUGUCCCCUUCACACACACACAGCAACCUUCACACACACACAGCAACCUUCACACACACACUGCACCUCUCACAAACACACCCACAUACUACACUCUUCACACAAAAACACACACACACAGCACCCUUGACCCACACAGCACCUCACAGACACACAUAGAAAAAAGUAGAAUAGAAAAUGGGGAAAAAAUGAAAGGCAGUUGUAAAUUUAAGUCCUUUUUUUAAACCUUCUUUCUAAAAAAAAUACAUUUUCAAUUGUUACAUUUUUUAAACUAAACUGCACUUGAACAAAAUUUAAAACUAAAUUUUUAUUUCACUCUUUCAGAAUUUAUAACAGUUAUAACAGUAAUAAUAAUUAUUAUGAAAAAUUAUUACUUAAAUGUUAUAGCAUUAAUAAAAAUAAUAUUAACACUAUGUACAUAUUUCUUUUUAUUUAGGUAAUAUUUUGUAUGAGACGGCGAAAUUUCACUCAAUACGAUGUUGCUGGAGCAUUUAUCUGACUCGAUUUUUGCAAAGACAGCCCUUCUCUCUCAUCAAGUUAACAGUGUUAUGUUCCAGAAUGCUCUGUCCUAAUUUGGAAAUUGAAUAAAGCAUUAGCAUUUCCUUUUUAGGUACAAUAUCAUGGAAUGGAAAUUAAAAACAUGAACAUCAUAUGGAUUCCCGUAGUCUAUGAGUUCAAUGCAUUAUGCCUAUCACUGAAGUAUAGAGACAUCUAGUGGACACUCCGUGUACUACAGAAGCAAUAUCCUCCCUAGUUGUGUAGCGUUGUGGAUGUUACACAAUGUAUUUCUGGGGAGCCUUGGAUUACUGCCGCAUAUUAUGGAAACUUCUAAUCCAUGUAUAUAUUACAAAAUGACUCAGAGAUAGCAGUGGAGGCUGUUCCAUAGGGGUAGGUGUAGUGGCAUCCCCCUUCCAAUCUAAUUUAUUGGCACUAUAAGGACUACUGAUUUUGUUUGUUAGACAAUAUACUUGUCGGUCAAUAUUACAUCUGCAGUUUUUAUACUACCCUUUAAAAUGAUGACUGGAGCUGGUUUUGAACAGGACAAGGCAGCUCAUCGGUUAAGUAGGUAGAGGCCCAACAAGUCAGGGUGAUGGUAGUACCCCACCAAGGAGAGCAGGAAUAGUGUUCCUUAUAAUUUACUGAUAUGACAUCCAGUGGCCACUGUGUGCAUUACAGAACUAGAAUUUCACACACAGUGAGAGGAUGAUACAAGAGUGACCACUUUCUGCACAUGAAAGAUUUAUUUAUAAUAUGCAAUGGUUAAAUUUUUUUUUAGACUUCUAAUUGAUCAGGAAGUGGCAUUGCUGGUCACUGUCACACCCAAUGUAUUCAAGAGCUG